UAAGUAGGGCUGUCACGAUACGCCGUGAGCGUACCGCGGUAUAUCGUGGUACGGCAACACUGUAUCGCGGUACGUACCGCGAUAUUUUACAGAAUAUGUAUCUGUGAAGAAAACAGCAGAAUAACAAGUUUUACAAACUUUAUUAAACUCAAUAAUCAGAAAACACUGGUAUCAUAGUAUGACUAGAAACUGUAAAAGAAACUGUAAUAAACUUGAUAGAAGUAGUCAUUGUUAUUGUUCGCGUCUUUUUCUAAAAUGUCCGCCAUGUUGUUAACAAUAGCUGUGACUACGAUCUGUGUAAAUCGAACGCUUCAAGGGCAUGUUCAAAAUGCGGAGUCAGCGGGCCCAGUAUUGAAAAUCCGUAGCGUUCUGACUCUUCCUCGACUUAUUCAGAAUCUUAAGAUAACAUGAUUCGGAAGUGCCAUGCUUUGAACGAUCGUAUACUAAAGAAAGAAAAUAAGAAAUAGAAUAAACAUCUUUUUGAUAAUUAUGAACUUAUUUGCAAAUGAAAUCUGUCCCUAAUUCCAAAAAAGGUACGGACCCAUACAUCGCCGUAUUUUAAACGUGAAAGUUAAACAUCUACAAGUGGAAGCGCUUGCUUGACCUGGAUAUUAACGGAUUAUUUAUUUAGCCCUUUUGAAUCGAUUCUACAUGUUUCAAAACGAUAUCUAUAUCAAAAUAAUUAUGUAAUGUAUUUAUAUCUGUGCUAAUAUAAUAAUAUUAAAAAAACCGGUGCGGCAACGCCGUACCGCGGUGCGAUUUUUUUCACGACAUGCACCGCGAUAUACCGGUAUACCGGUGAAUCGUGACAGCCCUACUGCUUUCCGAAAAUCGGGCAUCUACCCAUUUGACAAGAACAUGAUAACUGAACAUCAGACUGCUCCCUCGACUAUUUACUUCGAUGAAGAAAGAGGAGACGCAGAUGUCGCACCGUUAGCCGAGCAAGUUGAAACUGAAACUUCGAAUAAAGAACGGACAACCACUGCAAAAAGCUUCCUUGAAAACAGAACCAUAACGCACAUUGUUCAAAGACCCAAAAAGAAAUUUACGCCACCUAUAAAAGUUAUUGGAAACCUUAUGUCAGAGAAAAAUACUGACAUACUGAAAAGUUUGCAGGUAAAAAAACCCUCAAACAACUCAAAGGCUGUGGACAGUACAAAUAUAGUGGCUUCACUGAUAACCGUUUCCAAUCAAACGUCACAAAUAACAUCACCAAAGCCGUCAACAGCAACCUGUCAUGACGCCAGCCAAGCACACAAUAUUUCAUCGUCUGAUGAAUCCAUCUACGAUUUGUGUUGCGCGUGUAGACAAAGUCUUCCACCACAGCUCGUUAACUUUCCUGAUGUGAAGUUAAUCAAAUGGGGACAGUGUGAUGUUUGUAAACAUUGGGUACAUCUGGCACACUGUACACCUGUGAAAGUGCUCAGAAGAGGAAGCACCUUUAGGUGCAUCCAUUGUCCGGAGGAGUAGACUAUUAAUGUGGUGCAGUUCAAAGUAUUGUUAAACUGUUAAACUGUUAAUGUUCAUGUUAAAAUCAAGUUUAAUGUUUCAUAAUUAAUGUUACUACUCCUCAAAGUUAAGUUUCUAUGCAGAAAGUUUAUAUUGAUUGUGAUUUAGUGACCUAACGCCUGUUGACCUAAUUACCGCGAGAAUAUGAAUAUGGCGUCAUGUACACAUCAGUGUACAGACUACAGUGUGAUGUAUUAACUGAUUGACACGAACAAGAAACAUGAAGUAUAAAUAAAUUUUUGAUAGACAUCACUGGAAAAGGUGUUUAUCUUCGGACAGGAAUCCAUAAUUUAUCAAGCAAUCUCUGACAACAUGGCAGAUCAGUUCACACACACAGGGAAUGAUCCCCCUUCUUCAAAAAUUGAAACCAAAAUCGAAACGAUUCCUUUGACAGUGACAGUUUUGCCUCCGGAGUUGCCUGUCCAACCAGAUCUGGUUCCACGGUUUGACGAGUUACAUUUCAACUACGGCGGUACACUGGACUCUACUGACUCUACUGACGGGUUUGUUGACCUGAAGUUUGUGGACCUGAAGGACCAGACACCCUUGUUUCCUUGUUUUCCGUCUGUUGGGAAAACAUUUCAUGAUGGACCUUCACUCAAAGUGUGUGAUGAUGCCAGUUGUGAGGGCGACACAACUCUUAAGAAAAUCACACCUGUGCCUGCAAGUUUGGACAGCUUCCAGAAGGAAAGGGCCAGUCCAGAAUGUUCCAAUGAAAUUCACACACAGGAACCCAACAAACUGAAGCCAACCUUUGAAGAAGGAAAAGUCGUAUUGGGUACCCCAGAAGCAUUGCGGGACCUUGUUCAGUGCUACAGUAAGCUAUUGAAGACUACAGGCGUAAUCUGUGAAAAGGAUUUAACCCCUGACGGUGACCAGUAUGAGAAGGAUGCCCACUAUAUCGAGGAGAAGUCUUUGGGGCAAGGAUCGUUUGGCAUGGUGAAUCAGGCCAAAGACUUAAGGAGCAGAAAGCUGUUUGAUAUUAAAAAGGUGUCCAAAGAUUCCUUUGCUAAGAAUGAAGUGUUGGUACCAAGCAUGUUGAACCAAGUAAACAUCAUGCGGCUGUACGGACUGAUACAUCAUCUGGGCCCAGACAGAGAAUAUAUGGAGCUGUUCAUUGAACAUGCAGGGUUGUCACUUAACAAGUACAGAGCCAAGUAUCCCAACAUUGCAAGGACGGAGGAUGUGGUGUGGGACUUCUGUAAGCAGGGCUUGAUGGCCUUAGAGCACAUGGACAAGUUUGGCAUCAUACACCAUGACAUUAAUCCGGACACUGUGUGCAUCACUGAGCAAAAUGAUGGGUCUCUGCACUUGAAGAUAAGCGGCUUUGGCUAUGCAAUGAUUUUCCAUCAGCCAUUGAAUAUUGAAGGACCUACUCCAGAAUAUUUCUCCCCUGAGAGGUGCUUACUGAUACUGCAGAAAGAGUACAAAUGUAACUUUGGUUUGUCUUAUGAUGAUUUGAGUGGAAAGUCAGACAUAUUUGCAUUUGGCCUUGUGGUUAUCUUCAUGUACAUGGGAUACCACAUUCUACCUGCCAUCACCAAUGGACAGAGUAGCUUCGAUCAGUUCUACCCAGAGCAGAGGGAUAUCUUUCGCAAGAUGCUGAUUGUUCAGGUAGCUAUAUUUAAGGGCAAUGACCAUGCUAAAUUGCUGAUACCAGAUAUUUGCCCACUGAAUAUCAGGAAGCUCCUGUUAAUAAUGUUGAGGCCUGACUUUGAAAAACGGGGUUCAGCCAGUCAUCUCCUGACAAAACAUGAGCACUUUACACAAUCAAAGAGGCUACCAUAUGAAACAAUUGAUGCAGCACCUCCUAAUAAGGCCGAAAUUCCAGAAACAGUCUUGCAGCCUGUUGUUGACCUAGAAAGUAACAUUCAAAGUGAUGUGGACCGAUUACCAAAAACAUUUGUUCGUAAUCCCUCUAUCCAUAAGCCAAUUAAUGACGAUGUGAAGAGAGGACUACGACGCAAAUUGAUGAAUAAGGCAAACCAUACAUCUAUAGAAGACUUGCCCAAGGUGAGAUCAGACCAACCAACCUCUACGCAUGACUCCCAAAGCUCCAUGGAGGUGAACUUUGUAGGGCUGACCCGUAGCUGUGACUCUCAAAUGUCCAUGGAGUGGAGAUCAGACCAACAAACCCUUAGCUGUAAUUCCCAAAGGUCAAGGAACGGAAGACCAGACCAACCAACCAAUGGCCGUGACUCUCAAAUGUCCAUUGAGUGGAGACCAGACCAACCAAACAGUAGCUGUGACUCUCAAAUGUACAUUGAGUGGAGACCAGACCAACCAAACCCGAGCUGUGACUCCCAAAGCUCCAUGGAGGUGAACCAGGUUCGGCUUACCCCUAGCUGUGACUCUCAAAUGUCCAGGGAGGAGAGAUGGGACCAGCAAACCCGUAGCAGUGACUGUCAGCGGUCCAUGGAAGUGACACCAGAAACAGUCAUUCGAUAUCCGCCUAUGAAGCAGCCUAGCCGUGAUGCUGUGAAGAAAAAGCUGAGACAAAAACUGAAGAAGAAUGCAGACAUGAGCCAGAAUUCUAUGGAAGACUGGCCAGGGUGCAUGAACAAGAAGAGAAGGAAGCAAGCAAGUCCACACCAACCGAUGCCUAGCUGUAAUUCUCAAAGGUCCUUGGAGAGCAUAUCAAACCACCCAACACCUGGCUGUGACUCGCAAAUGUACAGGGAGGGGAGACCAGAACAACCAAACCAUAGUUGUGCAUCUCAAAGAUCAAAGACAAUACCAGAUACUGUGGAAAAAGAUGAAGACGCUCAUAGCGGAGUUGCCUCAGAGAUAUCAAAAGACACAGUUAUUGUGGAAGAUCACAUAAUCUGCGAGGACAAUAUUGAAGAGACCGCUUCAACAACCAUUACAACAAAUACACCUUCUAGUGAAAUUGAAUCAAUUUACAAGUUAUGGAAUUUGCCACAAGAUUAUGACGUCCUAGUUGCGAAGGUGUACGGUUCAACUGUCACAGAUACCGACAUACGAUCGCUAAAGGAAGAUGGCUGGUUAACCGACAACGUCAUUGAUACUUACCUGAAACUCCUUGUCCAUGAACUGGCCGAUCUGGGAGUCCGAAAAAUCAUGCACUUGGUCAGCUCCACCAUGGAAACCCUUAUAAGAGGUGCCAAGAAUCACAGACCAAUUUACGCGUUGGACAGUUAUACAUUUGUCGUUGGGGCAUAUCAUCGCUUCUCUCAUUGGACGCUUGUGGUGCUCGAUUUAGAGAAAAAAGUAGUUUUCUUCUACAAUCCUGUGGGGGAGACAGAAGCCGAGAUGGAUUCAAUCAGGCUAGCUAUGUGUGAAUUUAUCUCCCGAUGCAGUAAUGCAGCUGAAUCGGACAUCAGAUCCCAAUGGCGUGCGGAGACAAUGGCACACGCGUCCCAGACAGAUACGUUUAACUGCGGCGUGUAUUGCCUAAUGUUCGCGGAAUGCCAUUUGAAAGGUACAUUCAAAGAGAUGGAAACCAUCACAAGACAGCAUCUGGCUGCUACAAGACUCUCUGUAGCCACGAAGUUGCUGACCUUCAAACACUACCUUAUUGAUUCGUGUCCGAAGUGUGGAUUUGGAGUGGAUGAAGCGGAGCAAAAGUUGCAGUGUGCUACUUGUGGGAGGGAUUUCCAUUUCAAGCCUUUCUGCGUAGAGGAUGAUCUGGCCAUCAUUGAAGACGGGGAGCAGUUUUCGUGCAAGCUGUGCAGAAUUGGGUUUUGGACUUAUACAAGGAGAGAGAAGGGAUGGGAUCCAAAUGCAUACCAAUGGAUAGAUAAAAUUAAGACACUUGAGGACCUCCAUUGCUUAAAGCAGGUUGAAGAAGAUGUUGUUGUUACAGAAAACGCUGCAGCAUCACUGCCGUGUUCAAUUGUGGAGGCGAUCGUUCUUCCAGAGAAAAGGUUGAAACGAAAGAAACAACGUUCUUCGUUUGUUUACACAAAUAAAUUAAAGCGCUCCAACGCAAAAAAGACCUUUUGUGUAUGCCAAAAGCCUGAUGAUAGAAGGCUUUAUUGGCAGUGCGAUGAAUGUGAAGGAUGGUUUCAUCCUGGCUGUGUCGGGGAGGACAUUGACCAUGAGCCCGACAGUUAUGUUUGUCAUGGAUGCCAAAACAAGGUACAGGGAAUAUUGAACGUUAAAGAGGCGAAAGCAAGGCAAAUCACAGACCGCCUAAGAUACCUGAACCGGUCUGAGAACCUCUACACUGUCUCGGAGGCUGAUAUUGAGAGACUAGGAUGCAGGAGCCUGGAACAGUGCAUUGAGGAGACCGAUGAGGGGUGGUUCGACGUGCAAGAAAAGACACCCCUGUCGCCAGACUGCUUAGGUAGGUCAGCCCCCUUGGUGCAAUCACCAAUGACCCUUCCGUUACGCCCUGUAGCAAGCAGCAACAUAGCCAGCAGACUAUGCACAACAUCUCCCCUCACUAGUGACUGGAGUGUCUCCAGUUCUGUUACGGCUCCUAUCUACAAGCCGACACCAAAGGCAGCCUGCCCUAAGUUUGCACUACAAGCUGUGAGCGUCGCUAUCUCGACAACCGCUACUCCUGGGACCCAUGUCCAAGACGAACCAGUUUUGCAUCUAGAUGAUUUCAACGUAGAUUUUCUCGAGGAGGAGCCGCUAGUGCCUUUGGUAACUACGGCAAGCCAGGAGGUGUGGCACACUCCAGCCAAGCAGGCUCGGCUAUCACCCAUUUCACCAGCAAACGCCUGUAACGAAGAACCUAAGAGGUCCAAGGGUGAAACGGCUGACGCAGCAGAGUCGGAGAAAUUGCAGAUCCUGCGCAACACUCAAAAGAUGGCCUCCGACAUGACUUCCGGGGUUGAACCCAUCGCAAGAGAGAUGAGCCGCCAGAACCGCCUGCUGGACAAACAAACGGACCUAUACAGGAUCACGAACGGGGUUCUCCAGAUACGUGACGACCUUAACCAGAAGAAGAGUCGCAAGGAAAAUCGGCCUCCUGAAGACUGUGGCAAAAUUUGUAAAGAAAUGACAUUCUCAGAAUAUAGUUGAUAUGAACAAUCAGUUAAUAUUCUUUUAAUACAUUAGUUCAAAAUUUAAUUUUAAUGUUUAUUUAUAAAAGUUAAAAAAAUAAGUAUUUAACUAUGCAUAUUUUCAUUCAUGAUUAACAUACAUUGACAUUGACAUUUGUGAAUUGACUCAGGAGAGCCAAUUUUGUGUGAGGGGGGUAAUGAAUGCCCCAGCAUUUCUGAAUGACUUUGAAGACGUUUGUUUUAAUAGUUCUUACCUUUUCAAUGUUGUUGUUUUGUCAUUUUAAACAGGCACCCACCGCGAGUAGUCGUGUCAAGCGUUGUUUUAGUAUAAACUAUGCUCAUCAAAUUUUAUUAUUUUAUAUGCACAAUUUUAUACUUCAUAUGCUUUUUUAUCCUGGGCUUUUUUGUUUCGAUUUUUCAUUGCAAGUGACAUUACGACUCGCAAAAUUUCAUUGCACUGAUCCUUAAAGCAUUUAUUCAACUACUUACAUUGGUGAUUGGUAAUAUCCAUUGCAUGUAAACAAUUCCUACUUAGUCUGUUAAUACACUACUCAGGCAAUCAUUUUGAAUUAUUGUAUGCUAGAAAAUUUAAAACUGCUAAUGUUCGUGUGUUGUUGUCUUCAAUCACAAUGAAAAAUAAAUGCUAUGAAUAUGUU